AUGAGUGAUGAACUUAAUUCCAAAGUUGAUAAAACUAUUGCUGAAAACUUCGUAGUGGUUUUUAGUAAAAGUUAUUGUCCUUAUUGUAGCAGUACUAAAAAAAUCCUUGAGGAUAAGAAUGUUAAAUAUGUAGCUUGGGAACUAGAUCAAAUGGGAGAAGACGGGCCGGCAGUUCAAAAUUACCUUGUUGAAAAGACUAAUCAAAGAACCGUUCCAAAUAUCUUUAUUAAGCAACAACAUAUUGGUGGAAACGACAAACUUAGAGAACUUAAAGAUAGUGGUGAACUAGAUAAAUUAUUGACUUCCUAA